CCCCCACUCUCCGAUGUCGCCUCCAACAUCGACCGCCCAUCUCAUGUCAAGCGUCGCAACCAGCGAAUCAUCUCCGCGCUGCUAGCAACCGCCAUCCCGGGGAAGCGGGCCACAGAGGCGGAUUACUAUGGAGCGAUUCUUAUCGCACUAAUGGCAGUGACGCGAUCGCCCAUCGAGGCUAUCGCCAUAUGUCGGUCUGUUCGGGGUCGGUCCGCUGAUAAGCCUUUGAUCUGUCAAUGUUGGAUCAUCUCGUCCUUUGUUCUUGGUGAUUGGAAUCUUGCCUGGUCUACCAUCGCUGCAAAAGCAGGCGACGACUCGAAGCUGCGAUAUUCGUCUGUACUGUCCUAUUAUAGUGGCUUUACGAUCGAACGACAUCUAACAACCAUGGCGGACACGGUUUCUCCCAUCAAGAAUCUUCCCAGCGAACUGCUAGCUAGUAUACUGGGCGGUUUCAGCACCAAAGAGCUCCUCCCAGUCGUCACCGUGAAUCACCGCUUCUGCUCUAUAGCUACCAAGAUUCUAUACCGACGACUUGUCGCUUCGCCCUCACGGUCAAACCACGGCGUCAUCCUCGAAUGCUACCACCCAAGUGCCAAAAUAUCCACGCCCUACCUGCGCUGUCAGUAUCUCGGCAAUGCCACCUGCGAUGGACCCUCCAUCGACGAGCGGGACCCCAGCUUUGUGGACCUGCGCAGGAUAUACUCGUGCUUUCGGCCGGUUGUAUUAGAAACCAACAGACGCAGGAGAUUCCGCUACGGGUGGUCCGUGGAAACGAUGGGAGGGAGCACGCAGCUGCAGAUUGCCGCUGACGACGAAGAAGUAGAGGAUACGGCCCAUCAGGAAGUCUACUUGGACGAAGGGGAGCGCUUCUCUCAACUGUGCGCGGUGGCAAAUGUCGUUGUCCACGGCUCUCGGCCGGGCCUCUUUACACGACACGUCAACUUCAGCGACGGCGUCAUUCGCGUGUUUAGAGAGUGGCUGGCCAGCAUGUUGCCCGGCCACUCAUCCACUCAUGGUGAAUCCGGGGCGUCCUCUUCCUCCCCCUCCGCCGUAACAGAAGCCUCCAUCUCGGCGGCUGGUUUGUUUUCAUCAGAAGAUGAAAACAUCCUAUGGGUCGACACAACAAAGAACGUUGGGAUUCGAUUCAGGGUGACGCCAGGGCCAGAGGCAAGGGGAACGAUCUGGGAAGAUGAGCCACCCAUGUUUUACAAUCUGACUUAUGAAGAACUGGUUGUGCGGACGAGCACGCUGCUGCUCGCGAUGGACGAAGCGGAUGUGCAGCAUGUGGCGCAUUCUGGAAAAGACGUUAUUAUUGCUCCUUUUACGAUUCUCUGA